AUGGCUGCAACACAAAUCUUUAAUGCAAACGAAAGUGGGAAUGAAGUUAGCAGGCAAGAUAUUCAGUCCGCCAUUGCUAAAGCAGUGGAGCUUAGAGCACUUCAUGCUGUUCUUUUACAGGGAAAAAAUAGCCCUAAAAAUUUAAGGUUCCCUUCUGCUUCUCCUGUUUCUCAUUCUCGUCACGCUUCUCAGUAUUCAGCUCAAGAUUAUCCCCUUUUUACCCCAAGUUAUGACGAUGAACCACUGCCGGGGUUUGAACAAGUUAUGUUAAAGAAUCGAAAUUGUGCUGAAAGUUGGGGCAAUUACGCGUCAGGAGGGGGAAAUGUUGAUGAAACCAUGUUAUCCCAUUGUCGAACAACGAAUGCAUCUUUAAGAAAAGGGUUGCCCUCUGAAUUUGCACACUUGGAACAACAUAUAUGUCCAGCUGAAGAUCAGUAUUCUGUGACCGGUUCUUGCACUCAUAACGAUGGCGUGCUUAGAUCAUCCCCCGGACCCAAUUACUGCAAGUCGAGGCGAAAAAGUUUGGGAGACCUUAAAUCAGUAUCAUCAUGCAACAAAUGUAUGCCUGCCACAGUUGGUACUGAGACAGAUGGUUCGACUAAAAGUGGAAAGAAGUCUAAUAUCGUCGUACCAUUGACAGAUUCACAAGCCUCUGUUCAUUCCCAGUCGAGAAACAAAGGGCUUAAUUUGUCGUGGUUGUUCCCUAGGUUGAAGAAGAGGAACAAGAAUGGACAUUCACCAAAUCGAAUGCAAUCUGAAUACGUUUCCAAAAUUUUCAAUGACUUGGGGGUGGUAUCGGUCCAGACAUUGAAGAAAGAGUUGAUGGAAGUAAAUGAAAGUCGAGAUGUAGCCUUAAUGGAAGUUGCAGAAAUGAAGUCAUCACUCGGGCAGCUUAACCAGAAACUCGAAUAUUUGGAAACUUAUAGUGAAGAGCUAAAGAAGGCCUUAAGACUGGCAGUCGAAACUAAAAAUUCUCAGCCUGUUGAAAAACUCUGGGAUCUUCCACAAAGAGGGAAAUCAAUCGAUGGGAAUCCAGAAAAUUUGAUGCCAGUGAACAAGGAAGUUAUGGUCGAGGGCUUUCUGCAGAUGGUAUCUGAGGCAAGGCUAUCAGUGAAACAAUUCUGCAAGACUCUCGUGAGGAAGUUUGAAGAGACUGAUCUCACUCUGCUUGAAAAUUUGAACUCAUUACUUCAACCAUACAAGUUGUCUCUUAAUUCCAAGUACUCUAAAUCUGUGUUGUACCAUUUGGAAGCCAUCAUAAACCAAUCACUCUACCAGGACUUUGAGAAUUGCGUGUUCCAAAAGAAUGGUGCGCCAAAGCUUUUAGACCCUCAACAAGAACGUGAAUCACACUUCCAGUCAUUUGUUGCAUUGAGAAAUCUGAGCUGGAAUGAGGUGCUAGGAAAGGGGACGAAGUACUAUAGCGAAGAAUUUAGUAUGUUUUGUGAUCAGAAAAUGAGUAGCAUUAUUACGACUCUUGGUUGGACUAGGCCAUGGCCUGAACAGCUUCUUCAAGCGUUUUUUGUCACUGCAAAAAGCAUCUGGUUGCUCCAUUUACUUGCGUUUUCAUUCAGCCAGCCUUUGGAAAUUCUACGAGUUCAAGAUAACAGGCCUUUUGAUACACAUUUCAUGGAGGACAUUUUUGCAGACGGACAAAUAUCACAGGGUACAAGCAAGAUUAAGGUUAUGGUGAUGCCUGGUUUUUAUGUUCAUGACAGUAUACUAAAAUUUUUUCCUCCUCAAAUUCCUCUGUUUUCCAUGAGGAAAGGAAGGGAAAAUAGAAGAGAAAAUGUCGUGCUCUUCCCUUUCAUGGCACAAGGUCAUAUUAUACCAUUCUUAGCCUUGGCUCAAAAGAUAGAAAAAAAUGGCUAUAGCAUGACCUUCGUAAACACCCCUCUUAACAUCAAGAAACUCCAAAGAUCUCUUCCUCCAGGCUCCUCCAUUAAAUUUGUCGAAAUCCCUUUUAACAGCACAGAACAAGGACUUCCUCCGGGAGCCGAAAACUCGGAUUCCCUUCCUUACAACCUUCUUUUCAGCCUCCGCCAAGCCACCAUGAGUUUCAAAAUUCCAUUCUAG